AUGCAACUGCUGAGAAAAAUGGCUCUGGCAAAUGGCUCUUUUGUAACUGAAUUCAUUCUCUUGGGCUUAACAGACCAGCCUGACCUUCAAAUGCCCCUGUUCCUAAUUUUUCUAAUAAUGUAUUUGAUAACAGCAUUUGGAAAUUUGACUUUGAUAAUUUUAAUUGUGUUGAAUUCUCACCUUCACACACCCAUGUACUUUUUUCUCUUUAACUUAUCCUUCAUAGACCUUUGCUAUUCUUCUUUGAUCACACCCAAAAUGCUGAUGAACUUUGUACAAGAGAAGAACAUUAUUUCUUACAUGGGAUGCAUGACUCAGUUCUACUUCUUUGGCUUUUUUGCGAUUUCUGAAUGUUAUGUGCUGACAGCAAUGGCCUAUGAUCGCUAUGUGGCCAUUUGCAAUCCACUCUUGUAUAGUGUUGCCAUGUCUCCAAAGAUGUGUUCCUAUCUUAUUCUUGGUUCAUAUUUCAUGGGAUUUUCAGGUGCCAUGAUCCACACAGGUUGUGUAUUGAGACUGACCUUCUGUGAUGGAAACACCAUCAACCAUUACUUUUGUGAUCUCCUCCCUUUGCUGCAACUCUCCUGCACCAGCACCUAUGUCAAUGAGAUAGAGUUGUUUAUUGUAACAGGAAAAGACAUCAUCGUGCCCACUGUGAUCAUCUUUGCUUCUUAUGGCUUUAUUCUCUCCAGUAUCCUCAAAAUAAGGUCCACUUCAGGCAGGUCCAAAGCCUUCAGCACUUGCAGUUCCCACAUAAUUGCUGUUUCUAUGUUCUUUGGUUCAAGUGCAUUUAUGUAUCUCAAACCUUCUUCAGCUGUAUCCAUGAAUGAGGCAAAGUUCUCUUCCAUAUUUUACAGCAUUGUGGUACCCAUGAUGAACCCUCUAAUCUACAGCUUGAGGAAUAAAGAUGUCAAAGUUGGCUUGAAAAAAACCCUGAGCAGAAUGUUUUAGUCAUAACCUAAUCUCA